AUGAACAACAGAGAAGAUAGUAAUAAUGAUGAAAAUGAAAAUGAUACGAUAGUUUGUAGCCAAGGUAUAAGGAAUGCAAUUAAUUUGUUAUUAAGAGAACAUACGAUAGAUAUAUUAAAGGUAGAGAAUGAAUUUCAACAACAAAAGAUGAUAUGGGAACAAGAGAAGGAUAUGUUAUUAAGAGCUUGUAAAAAGUUAAAAGAUCAAAAUGAAGCAUUAAAGAAUCAAUUAAGAUUGUUUAUUAGUGAACAACAAGUUGAUUUAUCUCAAUCAUUACAACAACAACAACAACAGAUACCUCAACAACAACAACAACAACAACAAACACCACCUUCACAACAACCUCAACAACGUAUAUUACCUGCAUCUAUAUUAAAUGCAAAUAAUAAUAGUAAUGAUAAAGCUAGUCCGAAAUUUAAACCAAAAUCAACAACUACGACGACACCUAAACAAAAACAACAUGUUGUACAACAACAACAAUCUGAUGACGACGAUGGAUUUGUAUCAAAACAUAAACAUACACCAACUCAACCAACUUCAGCUGCUGAACAAUCAGAUAGUGCUACACCAAACGAUAAUAAUGGUAGUUCUAAAAAGAAAGCUAAAAAGAGAAAGAGUAACGAUCCAGCAACAGAGCAGGAAAUACAAGAUGAACUCGAUCUCUCAAUGACCUAUGAAUCCAAACAAGACCAGGAUGACGAUCCUGUCUUUGCACCUGGAAACUUUACAAGAAUCGAUUUCAAAAAGUAUAGUCAACAACCCAACAAUGAAGGUGAUGACGACUCUUCUAUAACGCCAACACAACAAAAACAAAAGAAGAAACACAAAGUAGUAGAUGUUAUUAGAAACCAAGAAGAAAGACAACAACUUCAAGGUUAUGAAUGUGAACAUUGUAAAGAGUUUUAUGACGCUGUUCUUGGAGACGACUAUGAUAAAAAAUUAUUGUUAAACCAAUGCUCACGUCAUCGAAAGGAUUAUACGCCUCCAUCUACACCACCAGGGUUUUGGGAUUUUAGCUUUGGAGAACAAUCCCCCAUUAAAUCAAAAAUCAACAAAAAGAUAAAGAGUAGUAGUAGUAGUAACAGUGAUUCUAAACAACAAUCUCAACAAAAUCACACGUCACAAAGAACAAAGAACACCAACAACAAACAUAAUGUACAUGAAUGGAUGCAUCCAUGUCCCUUUCAUGAUGAAUAUUCUUUAUUAGACAACGAUGGUGUCGAUGAAAGAAGACAACAACAUACACACGAGUUAUGCAUAUCUGUUACGCACAACCAUACAACAACACACUAUAGAAGACAAAAGAGAGAUAAUACACAAAGACAAUAA